AUGAAGCAAAAGUUGAUGCGACGUGAAAGUGCGGGAAGCGAGGGAACGGAGGGAUCAUCAUCCGAGCAUGCACACAGCGGGCACCGAUUAUCGCGGAGUAGCAGUCUGAUCAUCAUGCUUCUGAUGACAGUCGCAUUUUGUGUCGUUGAAUUAACGUUCGGUUAUAUGUCACAUUCGAUGGCGCUAGUCGCUGACGCGUUCCAUAUGCUCAGCGAUGUGAUGGCACUCGGUGUUGCACUGGCCUGUCUUAGGGUAUGUUCAUUUUCCCCCUCCCCCAUUUAUGCCUUCUGUUUUCAGGUUAUUUUACUAAAUAUUAUUAAAAAUAUUUUUUAUUUUUUAGGUUAUUUUAAUAAAUAUAUUUCUUUAGUUAUUAUUUGA